GUACAAUGUUUAAUUCAAGAUACCAAAAGCAUGUCCACAAGAAGGACGAAACUCUGAAAUAUGCACUGUUAAAAGGACACAGUGAAACAGACUCCUUGAAAUAACAAACUUUCAGAAAGCAAGCUAUGUCAGCAUUUCUGGCUAUAAUCCUCUUUCAAACACUGUAUCUCAUCCCUAGUUUCUAUGCAUAUAAAAUAAAGGUGAGGGUUGAGACGGCUGCUGAUGAGGGAAACGAAGAGACAGACGUUUAUCUUACCCUGAUGGGUCCCACCGGACAGAAGAUUUCUGAGGAGAAAAAACUAGGCAAAUUUGAAGAGGGCGAGGUUAGGGUGUUUGAAUUCACCACAGAUAGCUUGGAUUUGGUUUGCUUGAAGUUUACCUUGAAAGAGGGCACAGAUGGCUGGACAAUGGAGAAGUCUACAGUGGUAUUAGAAAGUGGAGUAACGUACACUUAUACAAAUCUAAGGGGAACAAAACUUGACAACACAUUUUGGUUUCAAGAAAAUUCGGUGGAUUUCUGUUUAAAGAGCAUAGGGGCAUUCGAACUGGUUGAUAAAGAUUCAAGAAAUGUAGAGGGACAGCAUGAGGGGCUACUACUAUUCGAUGGCGGAACAGUGUGUGAUGACGACUUUAGUGACUACUCUGCUAAAUCGAUCUGUAUAGCAAUGGGGCGCCCACAUAGCAACGUUUCAUGGACAUCUUAUCUGGGGGGAUCUUUGUACGGUACUCUGCAGAGUAAAAAACAUAUUAGACUGGACAAAGUUAAGUGCAGUACCAGUUACUGGUAUCAGUGUUCCUUCUCAACAACUCCCAAAUGCAAGCAUGAAGAGGAUGUAUUUCUGACAUGUGGAGACGGUACUGCAGCAAAGGGACUGGUAACUACAACAGUUGUGAUAAUAAUCGCAGUUAUAGCAGUUCUUAUUGUUGCCUUUCUGAUAUGUUUGGUAGUCUGUUGUAAGCGAAGGAAGAGAGCUAAUCAACAACAAUCUAGACCAGAAGCGGCACCUUUUACACUAGAUGUGCAGACGCCAUCUUCAUCAGCACCAUCCGCCCCACCGGCCUACAACCUCGAAAUGGCACCGACAGCAGCUGCAGAGGCUCUGCCCAGUUAUGAUGAAGUCGCAGCCAGCCCCAAUCGAUUCAAAUCAAGGUCUUCAAUUAGUAGGAUUUCAAGCAUUUUUAGGAAAAAUAAUGGAUAAAAUAUGAUGUGUAGCACUGAAGCAUGUUACUUCUUAUUAUUUCUUAUCAUUACAGAUUUAUAACUUUACAUUGCGAUGUUUUUUGUGUUCGAACUUCAAAUAUGAACGACUAAGAAGAUUUAUGUAUCAUGUAAGAUUCUUUAUUAAACUAGUUUUUAAAAAUUUGUUAAAACCAUUUUUCAGAUAUUAUCGGUAAAUUAUGAUUGUUUACAACUAACAGUUACCUUUGGUUACAUAUGUUGGAUCGAAUUUUAAUUUUGUUUUUGAGAAAUUCAGUUAUAUUUAUAUUUGUUUGUUAGUCCAGACUUAGUUAUUUUAAAUCAUAA